UUUUUAAGCGCCGAACCAGAGUGGAGGCAGCCUUAGCACAUCCUGCGAGUAAUCUGUCGUAGUAAACAGUGGCUGGUGGUCUGCUGUAAGAGUUUCAAAGAAUGACCGAAGAACUGGACAGUGGCCAGACGGUCCCGACGAGCAGGGAGGAAGAAGAUGCAACAGAAGAGACUGCGUUCCAGUUUAAAAAGCCCGCCGUGAUCGGGGCUGCAAUCAGGCCAGAGUCGGAGCUCGAGGAGAGCUCGCCUUCAAAAAAUGGGACCUGUGAGACUCGGCAGCUCAAGCAACCGAAAAGAGGCCCAGCGGUGGCAAAGCCGCCUCCGCCAUUGCCGUACAGCGAACCUUCCUGGGGCGGAAUCCCUGACAGCUCGUACUCCAUCGAGGUGCUCAAGAACGGCGCGAUCGUGGACACCGUGCCGCUCGGGGAGCGCAACUACACGGUGAUCGGCCGGCUGCCCACCUGCGACGUCGCCCUGGAGCACCCGUCGGUGUCCCGCUAUCACGCCGUGCUGCAGGGUCGCCGGGCCGAGGACGAUGGGGGACUUUUCAUUUAUGACCUGGGUAGCACCCACGGCACCUUCGUGAACAAGAAGCAGGUGCCACCUAAAACCUACGUGCACCUGAAGGUGGGCCAUGUGCUCAAGUUCGGGGGCAGCACCAGGCUGUUUAUCCUGCAGGGGCCCGAGUCUGACGCAGAAGCAGAGUGUGAGCUGUCAGUCACAGAGCUGAAGGAAAUGCAGCGGCGUAGGCAGGAGGACCUGGAGAGGAAGAUGAUGGGCGAUGGCUCAGAUGAAGAGCUUGAACCAGAUGAAAUCCAGAAAAGCGCUGGGCAAGGAAGCAGCACCGAGGAUGCAGGAUGUACCUGGGGAAUAGCUGAUGAAGCACAAGAGGAGAAUGAUGAAAAUGAAGAGAACCCUUUUGCUACAGGAUUUCAAGAAGACACUGAAGCCUUCUACAUUAAAGACCCCAAAAAAGCUCUGCAGGGCUUCUUUGACAGGGAAGGAGAGGAGCUGGAGUACGAGUUUGAUGAUAAAGGUCGGGCAACUUGGAUUUGCAGAGUCAGACUGCCAGCAGACGAUGCCUCAGGCAGGCAGCUUGUGGCAGAAGUGACUCACACUGGCAAGAAGAAGGAGGCCGCCAUCCAGUGUGCCUUGGAGGCCUGCCGGAUGUUGGAUGCCAGAGGCCUUCUGAGGCAAGAAGCAGUCUCACGCAAGCGAAGGAAGAAAAACUGGGAGGAUGAGGACUUCUAUGACAGUGACGAUGACACUUUUCUCGACCGCACUGGAGCCAUUGAAAAAAAGAGACAGGACCGCAUGAGGAAGGCAGGAAAGAUUCAAGAGAAGCCGGACACCUUUGAUUCCCUGGUAGCCAAACUGCAGGAAGUAGAAAGGGAGCUGGCUGAAACGGAGCAAAAGCUGAAUUUGGGAAAAGGUGACUGUCAGCCGUCAGCAGAUGACCCUUUAGAUGCCUUCAUGAAGGAGGUCCGGACAGGUGGAAGUCUUGACAGCAUUACUCGUAAGAAACUGCAUUUGCGUGCCAGCGAGCUCAAGAAAGAAGGGCAGCAUUUGAGGAAAUUGGUGGAGAUUGCCCGUCCAGCUCAGAUGCCAGCGCUUGAAUCUCCAUCCACAAGUGAAGCAAAGUCCCAGGAGAAGCCCAAAAAGCUGUCCCUGCCCAUGUUUGGGGCGAUGAAAGGUGGAAGCAAAUUUAAGCUGAAGACCGGAACUAUUGGACGCCUGCCUCCAAAACGUCCCGAUUUACCUGCCAGUUUGUUCAGCUCAACGGUGGAGAUGGAAGAGGAAGAGGAGGAGGAGGAGGAAGCGGAUGCACAUACUGGGGCAUCUACAGCACAAAAGAGCAGCGAGGGAAACCCUCUUGAGCUGGCUAACAUGUACCCCGCUGCUUCAGAAGACCCGCUUGCUGAUAAUGAGAGUGAUGGCAGAGAGGCCGAGCCAGGCAAGUCUGGAGAGGAUGAGGAUGUUCCUGAACGUUUAGCUGCUGCCGCUGCUUCCAAUGUCUCUGUGAGACCCAAGGAAGCUGAAACUGAGAAGGCAGCGGGGUCUUCUGUGAAAAGGAAGAAGCCUUAUGGUCCAAGCCGACCCCCCGCAGCGGUCCUCUCUGCACAGUACCCUUCUGAUGACCCCGACUACUGUGUCUGGAUGCCCCCCAAAGGUCAGAGUGGCGAUGGCCGGACACAUCUCAAUGACAAGUAUGGCUACUAGGGUGACCUGCGUGAUGAUGAGGAAGAUGAUGAAGAGCAGUGCUGGCAGAUGACGGAGCUGCUGUCUUCUUUUUGGGUGAUCUGGUUGGCUGGCUAAAUGGGAAGCUUACCAAAGAGAACCUGAGGACGGCCUGGCGAUUGACAGCAAGCCAUAGUGCUGAUCCAUGGGUUUGUUUUCACAAUUUGUUCCAGGUCAGAGUGGGCUGGUGGUCUUUUCCCACCUCAGCUACCCAUUUAGGGCGAUUAACUUUAGCAAAGCGCAGUGGAAGGCUAAGCUAAGCCACAUCAUUUCUUUUGUACUAUAAUGGAGGGGGGCGCCAGUUUGCUUUUCCUUUUAUAUUUAAACUCCGAGUGUCUGCCGUUUAGAUGUUCUCCUCGUCUCCAGCUCGUUAUUCACUUAGAGGGUCGCUGCGGGGUUCGACACGAGCGACGCCGGCCACUCAUUUUCAAGUCUGUUACCGUCAGGAGAGGGUCAUUAGUGGGCCGUAGCGGCUCUCCGGGGGGGGGCAGCCUGAUCUUGAGGGCUGAUGUGUUUGUGUGUAGGCUGCCCCCUUUGGGCCGGAAUUGACACAACAGUUGGAAAUUAACUUGAGAUGGAGACGCAAAUUCAGUCGCAGCAUAAAAACUGGGAGGAGAGCAAAAUCCACACCAUCAGUUGCUUUAUGUAAAUCUUUUUUUUUAUUAUUUUUUGUAAAAAUGUAUAAUAAAUUACA